AUGUCAACAGUGCGAAAAAAUACGGACAAUGAUGAUGAAGAAAAUGAUGUAUAUAAAAAAUUGUGUAAUAAUCGUCGACAAAAUAAACGUAGAGAGACACUGGUGAACUUGUUUACUCCAAAUAAUUUAACAUAUACUGAUUUGUCUGUUGUUCAUAAAAAAGAUUAUAAUGUUGUGAAUGACGAAAUUAAUACAAGUGAUGAUAUACUUAAUGAUUCAUUUGAUACUUUCAAUGAACAUCCACGAAAUUUUCAUGUCAAUAAUGAAAUAGAUGUUUUAAAUUAUGGUGCUACUGCUAAUGAUGAAGAAUUAGUUCAUGAUGCUAUAUUUGAUUUUGCUGAUGCUGAAACAGAAAUUGCUUUGGAAAUAGGAAAAUAUAUACGUGAAGCAAAUUUGGACAAGACAAAAUCAAAUAAGUUACUUAAAUUAUUAAAUCAUGUCUACGAUCAUAAUAACUCACCACCAUCAUCAAUGAAAAAAUUAUUCCAUAAACUAAAUAUAACAUUUGACUAUUUAACAGUUCAAUAUUGUACAAAUUGUCUCUCCGAAUUACAUGAAUCUUCAUGUUCCUGUAAUAUCAAUAAUAAACAAUUACCAUCUGAGCUGAUCCUCUUCCCGAUUGAAAAAGAAAUCGUACUAGCGAAUAUAGUAGAAAUUCCUAAGCCAUUUCGUGACAAUGAGAAAAAUUGUAUUAUGUUAUGUCUAUGGCAUUCACCUCGUGGUCCAACAGCUGAUAUAUUAUUAUCUCGAAUUGUUCAAGAUCUUUCACGCUUGAUGAAAAAUGGCAUUCAUAUUUAUGUUAAUAAUAUAGGUUAUGUUCAUUUUGAUCUUUAUAUUCAAGCUAUAAUUGCUGAUGGACCUGGUCAAUCAAAAGUAACUCAAAUGGUAUCACAUAAUGGCUAUUUUGCAUGUCGAGUUUGUGAACUUGAAGGAACUUAUCACUCACUUGAUAAAACUUGUACUUACACUUGGUCGUCUUUUAUUGAUACAAGUCCAAGUUUUCGUACGAAAGAUCGAUUCCAAUCAUGUUUAGAAGAAGUUGAACACCUUCAAAAAAUGAAUAAUAAAAAUAUCAAUAACAUGUCUAACGUCACCAGUUACAAAUCCAAUACUUCGCAACGAACAUCAGCAAUUUCUACUACAUCAUCUCAACAUCGAGCUUCAUCUCAAUGGCAAACUUCAUCAAUUACUCAACGUUCACCAAUUCGUCAAUCUUCAUCGGCUUUUCAUUCAACUAGUCAAACAAGCAAUUAUUUUGGACCUGUUCGCUCUUCUUCAGGACAUAAUCAAUCACGUACAUUUGGUACUUCUAACAGUCAACAUCGUGCAUCACCUUAUUCUAUUAAUUCUCCACGAAUGAAUCGACGACAAGGUGGUAUGUCUUAUACUGAGAUAGAUGUACAACCUGUUUAUGGUGAAGAAGAAAAUGUUCGUCCUGUACAACUAGUUGACAGCCAUAAAAAUAUACUUGAUGUGAUUCUUGAGAGAUGCAAUUAUUUAGAACGUGAAAUGCGAUCAUUACAAUGUAAAACCGACAAGUUGAUAAAAAUUGCGUUAACAUCUGCUAAAAACGAUCAGGAUUUUCUUACUACAAAACCAAAAGUGAAACCAAAUCCAAUUAUGUGGAAUAAAGAGAAUUUGCUCGACAAACCUCGUGCACCGUUGCCGACAACUUACUUGUGCUAUUUGGUACGUAAGAUGUACACAGCCGACGAAAUAAAAAACAAGGUUCCACAACAACCACCAGAAGAUGAUGAUGAUGAUCGAAUGGCAAAAAUUAAAGAAUGCCUUGUUGCAUUGUAUUUUUCUCAUGAACCAUCUUUGAUUGACGAUUUCAUGUCCACAAGAGGUCAUAUAAGUUUAUAUGCUCAAGAACGAACAAAAAAGAGCCGAGAUAAAGCUAAAGCAACAACAGCAACAAUUACAAACAAUAAUACACGAAAUAUUAAUCACAGUAACAGCAAUAUCAUCAAUGAUUACAACGACUCGAAUCUUGAUGAUAAUAAUGAUACGUUUUGA